AUGUCGCUGUGGUUGGAACGCACUUUAACCGGUUACCUGCAGCUUUUUGGCCUGGUUUGCGGCUGGAGCGCCAGUCGCUUGGGCCGCCUCUUGGGCAGUACAUUCCUGGUCCUAAUACUAAUCGAACUGGCCACCGAAAUCGGUUGGUACUUUCGUGGUACACUGCCUUUCGAACAUUUGUCCUCGUACUUCUGGAAGACCAUCCAGGGCGUCAAUGUGACCUACAAAAUGGUACACACAUGGAUUGUCCUCACGGCCCUCUUCCAGUGUCAGCGGGUUCGACGUCUGCGGGAGCAACUGCCGCUGGUCAGGGCCACCACCUUUAUGUACCGCCAUCUAAUCCUGGAGGCAUUACUGGUCAUCUGCAAUCUAGUGCUGCUCUAUAUGGAGGACUGGGACCAGGAGAGCAUGCGAUAUGCCUUUAGCCUUCAGGCCGUGCGGGCUCGCUACUUGGAAAUGAUGCUGCUGGUGGAUCGGUUGGAUGGCCAGCUGGAGCAACUGCAUCGGCGAGUGAUCGACGGGUCGUCGGACUACAAGACGCUGCGAUCGGAAUAUGCCCAUCUGGCGAAAUUAUCGCGUUCGUUGUCGCAUCUCUUCGGGCUCUCGUUGCUCCUGCUGAACGUCCUUUGCCUGGGCGACUGGAUAAUCGUGUGCAAUGUGUACUUUAUGGUCCAAUAUCUGAAGGCAUUGCCUGCCACCUGGUUCAUCUUGGGCCAGACCAUGUACGUUGUGAUGCCUUCGCUCAUCAAGAUCUGGACCAUGUGCGCCGCCUGCCAUCGCUGUGUGGCCAAGUCCAAACACUUGCAGGAGCAACUGAAGGAUCGUCCGGGUCAGACACUCUCAGAAAGAAGUCAAAUCGAGGGGUUUGCCCUGCAAAUCAUGCAGGAUCCCAUACAAUUCGAUGUCUGCGGGAUCUAUCACCUCAACCUGCAGACUUUGGCGGGGAUGUUCUUCUUCAUUCUGGAGGCCCUCGUUAUAUUCCUGCAGUUCGUAUCGCUCGUAAGGCCGUAG